AUGUACUUCGCAGGUCAAAUAAUGGGAGACACGGAGUCUGAUGAUGAAGAUGAGAUUGAAUAUGAGCAUUUGGAUAAUAAGAUUAUGGAUACAUCUGCUGCUGAGGCCAGGAGAGGAAAGGAUAUUCAAGGAAUUCCAUGGGAAAGACUAAGCAUUUCCAGGGAGAAGUAUAGGCAGAGUAGAGUAGAACAGUAUAAGAAUUAUGAAAAUAUACCCCAAUCCGGAGCCGGCUCAGAGAAGGAAUGCAAGCCUACUAGGAAAGGUGGAGUGUAUUAUGAGUUCGGGCAGAACACUAGAUCUGUGAAAUCAACUAUCUUGCAUUUUCAGUUGAGGAACUUUGUUUGGUCUACGUCAAAGCACGAUGUUUACCUCAUGUCACAUUAUUCAAUCAUUCAUUGGUCUUUAUUAACUUCCAAGAAGACAGAAGUUCUUAAUGUUUUUGGCCAUGUUGCCCCGUGUGAGAAACACCCAGGAAGUUUACUGGAGGGAUUUACUCAGACACAAGUUAGUACUCUGGCAGUGCGCGGCAAUUUAUUGAUUGCUGGGGGAUUUCAAGGGGAGCUUAUUUGCAAGCAUACCUCACUGAGUCCAGAUGGCAAAGUCGUCGUUAUUGUUGGAGACAACCCUGACGGAAUGCUGGUGGAUUCUCAAACUGGGAAGACUGUCACGCAUCUACAUGGACACUUGGACUUCUCUUUUGCUUCUGCAUGGCAUCCAAAUGGUCACAUCUUUGCCACUGGAAACCAGGACAAGACUUGCCGUAUAUGGGAUGCUCGAAACCUGUCAAAGCCAGUUGAUGUACUUAAAGGAAAUCUAGGUGCUAUUCGAUCAAUCCGUUUCACAUCUGAUGGGCAAUUCAUGGCGAUGGCUGAGCCAGCUGAUUUUGUCCAUGUCUAUGAUGUGAAGAAUGGUUUUGAGAAAGAACAAGAGAUUGAUUUUUUUGGCGAGAUCUCUGGGCUUUCUUUCAGCCCUGAUACAGAUUCUCUCUUCAUUGGAGUGUGGGAUCGCACUUAUGGUAGCCUUUUUCAGUACAACCGAUGCAGGAACUACUCGUAUCUAGACACUCUAUUGUGA